AUGACCAACGAAGAUGUCGAGUCCGAAGCUCGAUCGCCCUAUCUCCAUGCUAUGAUUGCCGGAGGCAUUGGAGGCUCAACCGGCGACUUGUUGAUGCACUCGCUCGACACUGUCAAGACGAGGCAGCAGGGCGACCCGCAUGUGCCCCCGAAAUACGCAUCCCUCGGACAAUCCUAUUACACCAUUUGGAGGCAGGAGGGCAUUCGAAGAGGUCUCUACGGCGGUUGGAUCCCCGCAUUGAGCGGCUCGUUCCCCGGCACCGUCCUGUUCUUCGGCACCUACGAGUGGAGCAAACGCUUCCUGAUCGAUCACGGCCUCCAGCAACACCUUGCAUAUCUAUCGGCAGGCUUCCUCGGAGAUCUAGCUUCCUCCGUAGUAUACGUUCCUUCAGAAGUCCUCAAGACCCGAUUGCAACUCCAGGGUCGAUACAACAACUCUCACUUCCAUUCCGGCUACAACUACCGCGGCACAGUCGACGCCGCGCGCACCAUUGUCCGGACCGAGGGAGCCUCUGCCCUCUUCUACGGCUACAAGGCCACCCUGUACCGAGACCUGCCCUUCUCCGCCCUGCAGUUCAUGUUCUGGGAGCAGUUCACCACCUGGGCCCGCAAGUAUAAGCAGAGUCGCGAUAUUGGCGUCCCUCUCGAGCUCCUCACCGGUGCUAGCGCUGGCGGCCUCGCGGGCAUUAUCACCUGCCCUCUGGACGUCGUCAAGACCCGCCUCCAGACCCAAGUCAACACAUCAACCGAUUCUCGCCACUCCAAAGACCCCAACCCGCAAAUCCGACACAUCUCCACCUCCUCCCCCAACACCCACCGGCCCAGACCCGGCGCUGUCGCCCUCGAGGCGUCCUCGGUGGUGACUGGCCUCAAGGUCAUCUACCGCACUGAAGGCGUGGCCGGAUGGUUCCGCGGCGUCGGUCCCCGAGGCGUGUGGACCUUUAUCCAGAGCGGCUGCAUGCUGUUCUUGUACCAACGAAUACUUCGCCAACUAGAAGUUUUGAUGCCCGUUGAGCAUGAGGACUUGUAG